CUGCCUUGGAUAUAAACCGCUUCUAGGGUUCAAGCGCUCUCUCAUCAGCCGCUCCCGAAAUCCCUGGCGUUUCGAGAGGCUCAUUGUGCUUCUAGGGUUUCAUCAAGAUGGUGCUCCCGAACGAUAUCGAUCUCUUGAAUCCGCCAGCUGAACUUGAGAAGAGGAGGCAUAAGCUCAAGAGGCUUGUUCAAUCUCCCAACUCUUUCUUCAUGGAUGUGAAAUGCCAAGGUUGCUUCAACAUAACAACUGUUUUUAGCCACUCGCAGACUGUUGUUGUGUGUGGUAACUGCCAGACUGUGCUCUGCCAGCCCACUGGAGGCAAAGCUAGGCUCACCGAAGGUUGUUCUUUUAGGAAGAAGGGAGACUAAAUAUGGCGACUCUUUUAUCAUCCGUUCCUCAUUACGUAUGAAUUCUGGAGGUUGUUUGAAACAGAUGUGAGAGUGUACGGUUUUAGUCUUUAGGAUACCUAUUUUUGGGGAGAAGAACUUGAUUUUUGUUUAUUUUCAUAUUUUGCUUGAACACUUGUUAUGCAUAACAGAGUUGUUUUUUAACUCGUUUUCUUUGGUUCUCGAUGAUUGAACGUUAAACGAAAUCUUUGUGUUGCUAUC